CACAAGCCAUGCUUUAUCCUCUGACCGCUCAUUUCUGUCUCAGGCACAGGAAACCCCUAAACUCUCUCAGCCUUGCCCCAGCGCCUGCACACACACUCUCACACACCUCAGCGUGCUCAAAGAGACGAGAAUGGCUGUACGAAGAAUGAAUGAGCUCUGGAAAACGAUGGCUCUGGCUUUAAUGUUCGGCUUUCUUUUGCUUCACAGUUGUUGGGGACAGUCACAGGACCCAGCAAAUCAGACAAAUUCGGCAGCUGAUACGACAGCAGUUCCAUCAACACAAUAUCCAUCAACAGGUUCAACAGCAGGUCCAACAGCAGAACCAACUGCUGGAACUGCUGUUCAAGGAACAAUUGUCCCAAGCCAACCAAGUUCUGUUAACACUACUGACAUGGCACAUCAAUUAGUCAAUGUUGCUGAAGCCAGCCUGACUACAUCUCUACCAGGACAAUUAGAAAUAUACACCAAGGAAUCUAAUGUAAAGGUGAUAGAAACGAUACAGAUGGUGAACAAUACGGUCUCAAAUCAAGGUUCCAGAAUUGCAGAUCCGAAUCAAGAGAUAGAAGAAGAUUCCACCUCUGGGUCUUCUCCUGCUGUUUUCGUGUCUGUGCUGGUGACCGGCUUACUGCUUGCUGCCACAAUAGUUGGCAUAUACUACUUCAAGUGCCAUCGCCAAACCAACAGCAAAGGCAUGAAACUGGCUGAGGAGUCUUACAUGGCUGACGAGGAGAACCAGGGCAACACUCUGGUGUCUGUGGCCCCUCUAAAUCAACCCGAGCCCCAGGAGAAGCCCAGUCUUAACGGAGAGUCACAAGAGGCCGAGAAGGCCCAGACUCCUCCUGCUGCCACCAAUGGCCACUCUACUACCAAAACGGCAGACACUGAGCUGUGAACAAGCCGAUCUGCCACAAAGGGUCUGGGUGAAACGCUCAGUCCCUGCUCCUUAAACUCAGCUCAAUCUACUGCAUAUUGACCUUGGCCAUAAGAAGGCACAAGGGAGACAAAGACUGAAAUUCUCCCAUUUACAUGUAAAUACAACGCAAAAUGUUCAAUUUAAGUUCAUACAACUUUCAUACGUUACAAGUUAAAGAUAUGGUAUUCAAAUAUAUAGGAUAAAAAAUGGGAUAAAAUAACUGGUCAAGUAAUCCUCCUCCCUAUCUAUCAAAAUAAAUGUACACAUUUCAAUGCUAAAGAUCUUCAAUGAAAGAUUGUUGUAUGUUAUGAAAGCAGUUUGUAAGUGCCCGUUAUGACAGUGAUGAUUUUUAACAAGAACAUUAUAUAAAUUCAAUCAAAAUAUGAUACAAAAAGAUCAUUUUAGUCCCUUUCAGUAUAAUACAAUACUACUGUGGGGUGGGGACCUUUCCCAUGAGUCAUUACUGGCUUCCAUAAGAGCAGCCAGGGCUGGAAUGGAACGCCGGGAGGAUCCUUGCUCCUGUCCCAGCGCUCCACAGCUUCCAGCUGAGAGUAAAUCACAUCCCACCAUAAAGAAACAUUCAGAAUCCAAUGGACGUGAGUUGUGUUUUUGUUUGCGACAGGUUGUUUGUGUGUUUCUAGACUCUAUGAAAUGUUCUAUAUAUUCGUCUUUGUGUACAGUAUGAUUUGACUAGUUAAUAGUCUUUUUAUAAAUGUUUAUAUAAUGUUAAUUGAUAUUAACAUUAUUUUGUUAAUAUCACUGCAUGACAAAGUAAUGAUUUCUGGAGUUGCGGAGUAUAAAAAAUCUGUUUAAGCGUCAAUUCCACUUCAUUGCUGCAAACAACCCUUAACAUAAAAUCCUACCAAUUAGAUAUGCUGCACAGCCCACUAGUGCUCAGGGUGACAGCUAAAUGUUAUCUGACAUUUCUGAUUUGAGUUACAGCUUUACCGUACUCUGUAAACCAGUAUUAUUCUCUUUUUGUAAUAUUUUUAUUCUAGACAUUUAGAUGUAGUGUUUAUAGAUUGAAUGACUGACUUAAUCGUUUGAAUGACCUGCCUUAAUUAUUAGAAGUUUCUUGGGUGGGUGCAUUUUAUUUUGUAUCUACAUUUGCUACACUGUACAAAAUCACUAGGCAAAGAAAUUAUGUAAUUGAGUUCAGCCAUAAAACCCUGGACCAUCGCUUUUGGUUUUAAUCAAUUCCCUCCAAUAGAAUGAGAAACAGUGCAGACAAAAAGAACAUUUCUACACUACUUUUAAACUUUAAAAUGUAGUGCUUUUAAAAUUUGGUGCUAGAGUGACUAUCUCUUGAAAUAAACCAACAGAAAAUUAUAUGUUUUAAACGUAUAUAUCAUGUCCUUUAUUUCAACUAUAACAUUUUAUUUUAACAUUCCGGUGUUCCAUUUUGGAUCGGUGUACUAGCACUGUGUUAAACUGAUGUAUGUUUGUGAUAGGAAUAAA